AUGGCUAGCUUUUCUUUCUUCUUUAUCACAAUCUUGAUCUUGGCUUUGCCCAUUAUUGAAGGGCGUAUUCUGAAACUUGAAGUAUCUGGACUUUUAAUCAGUAGAGAACAAGCUCAAGUAUCAGUAUCUUCUGCACUUGGUUCGAAUGUUGGUUCCAGUGUCUUGAAUCUUACUGUGCUCUGGGGCAUAUGUGUCAUACUUGGGAGACGAAACAUCUCAGGAAAUUCAAAUACACAAAGUGCAGAAACCUCCUCUUCUACUUUGAAAUUGAAAGACUUAAAGAGUACUGGAAUCAUAACAAAUGAUCUAACUGGUUAUAUAGCAGGUGUCAUGUUUCUCUCCCUUGCACCAUUCAUAAUAAUGCUAUUCGUCGAUAUCAUCAGUUCAUCAGUAGGAAAGCGCAUCACCAUUCUUGUUGCUCUCAUAGUAUCAGUCACAUUGUUGCUGUCAUAUUUCGCAUAUCAGGUUAUAAUACCAUGUUUGUUUAUAUUUCUGAUAUAUGUAGAUGUGGAAUCCAUUGAUUCAAGAAAAGUGUUUAGAAUACAUAAAACACGAAAACCUGGUGAAGUAUUUGUGGAGCAUAUCCAAAGGCAGGCAAGAGGAAAUCUCUUUAAAGGUGAACGUCCUGGCAUUAACGUGCUCAAAGGAUUAUUUACCAAAACCAACAAAGAUAGGAGCAACUCCAUAACACUCACUGAACUAGAAGAACUGGUAAACCAGCUUGAAUCGGGGAAGGUUAAAGUGGACAGUAACUUUGCCCUGUCGACACUGUCAAGUAUAUUCGACAAAAAUGGAGAUGAAAGGAUAAAUGAGGAAGAGUUCAUUGAGGGAUGCAAGAAGUUGAUACAGGAAUCCAAUGGAGUUCAUGCCAAGAGUCUCACGCAAAUACAGAACCAGGCAAUUGAAUCUGAAGGCCUUUUAAAAGAUGACGGUAGCCCCAACAUAGAAGCUAUUAAAAGGCUCUUCCAUAAGUUAGAUGAUGAUAAAAACAGUUACUUAACACCAUCAGAACUGGAGAAGCUAACGGAAAAUGUCAAAAUCAGAGAGGCACAUCUAGAUCAUCAAGGCUCUAUCAAAGAAAUCAUUAAGGAUUUCGAUCAAAAUAAAGAUAACAAGAUCGACGAAAAUGGGUUUCUCGAUGGUGUGAAAUAUUGGCUUCGUAAUGCCAAGAGGACAACCGAGCAACAUCAUGAUAGAAUGAUAUGGGGAGAAGUCGACAAGUUCUUGGAUGAGGCAAAAAGAGAAAAACAUAAACGUUUCGACUACUCUUUGGUGUUGAAAGGAGCAUUCUGCAAGUCUGUGCUGCAAAUGAUUUUGGGCAUUGCUAUAUUAACAUUGUGUGCUGAUCCACUCAUGGAUAAUAUUAUACGACUAGCAAAUGCAAUUGGAGCGCCUUCUUUCUUCCUAUCAUUUGUCAUAGUACCUCUGCCUAUCAAUGCAAGAACUGCAAUAACAGCAAUAACUUUAUUAUCUUCAACAAGCCAGCAGAGUUCCACAACUUCUUCUUUGACAUUUUCCGAGAUCUAUGUCCGAGUUAUCUUGAACAACAUUAUGGGGAUGUCAACAGUGUUAUUUGUGUUGUAUGCAAAGGACUUAACAUGGGAGUAUUCAGUUGAAGUGUUGACAUCUAUGGUGGUUUGUGCUGUAACUGGCCUUUUUGCAUUUAUCCGCACCACCUAUCCGCUCUGGACUUGUAUCAUAGCUUUCUUGCUUUAUCCAGCCUCACUUGUACUACUAUAUAUCUUCCAUUAGUUGCAUCUUGUAUUAAAUAUUUUAGUCUCAAAGUUAUUCAACUCAUGAAAGUGUUGAUAGCUACAUAUGUAUGGUGGUCUGAGUUGUAGAAGGCCCAUUUGCAUCAUCCCCACCACCUAUCCAAUCUCACUUGUACUGCUUUACAUUCUCCAUUCUUCAAUAAUAACUGCUUGAUGCUGUAAUUUA